UUCCGUACAUAAAGACAUGACAGUAACGUGAUUAGUUUAUCAUUCGCCCGACUCCUUUCGAUUCUGUAACAAUUCACCAAGAAUGUCUUGGUUUCUUGUGUUUUUGUCGUCGGUGCUGGUGGUCUGCGGGGCUAACCGCUGUCCGUGUCAGAGGCCGGAGCUCUGCCGGCCGAUCCGCGAGGAGAGAGACUUCGAGGUGUUUGUGUUUGAUGUUGGUGGAAAGACAUGGAAGUCUUACAACUGGAGCAUGGUGACAACAGUGGCCAUGUUUGGAAAAUAUGAUGCUGAACUCAUGUGUUACGCUCACUCCAAAAGAGCACGAGUGGUCCUCAAAGGUGACGUUCACAUCUCCUACAUUGUGGACCAGCAGAACAGGACAGCAUGGAUAACAGAGCGAGUCAAGUUGGCCAAAAGUCAGUUCAUGGAUGGAAUCAACAUUGACAUUGAGCAAGCCGUGGAGGAAGGCUCGCCCGAAUACUACGCUCUGACAGACCUGGUCAAAGAGACCACUGAGGCUUUCCACAGGGAGAUGCCAGGAUCCCAGGUGUCAUUUGAUGUUGCCUGGUCACCAAAAUGUAUCGACAAGCGCUGCUAUGAUUACGUCACCAUCGCUGAAUCCUGCGACCUGCUGUUCGUCAUGUCCUACGAUGAGCAGAGUCAGAUCAUGGGGGACUGUAUUGCAAUGGCAAAUGCCCCCGUCUCUCAAACACUAGAUGCUUAUGACCAGUAUUUGAAUCUGAAGAUCGAUCCAAAGAAGCUGGUGAUGGGAGUGCCAUGGUACGGUUAUGACUACCCAUGCCUCAACCUUUCCCAGGAGGGAAUAUGCUCUAUACCCAAAGUUCCUUUCCGUGGAGCUCCCUGCAGUGACGCAGCUGGAAAGCAGAAAACAUACAAGUGGAUCAUGAAGCAGGUCAACAGCUCAUUGUCUGGCAGGAUGUGGGACAGCAAGCAACAGGCUCCCUACUUCAAUUACAAGGAUCAGCAGGGACAGAUUCAUCAGGUUUGGUAUGAUGACCCGCAGAGCAUUUGUCCCAAGGCGAACUCUGUGAAAUCUAAAGGUUUGAGGGGCAUUGGCAUGUGGAAUGGCAACAUCUUGGAUUACGGCGAUGAAACGGUUGCCAGGCAGCAGACCGCAAUGAUGUGGAAUGCCCUGUUAGGAUGCUAGCUGGGAUACGCUUAACAGUGCUGCAGAAAUUUACACCACCCCUGAUCCUGCUCCUGUUUGUUGCUAAGUCAAUAUAUCCCUUUGUAGUAGCAAUGGGGUGUGACUACCCUCUGAGUUCAGGGAUGCAUACUUGCACUUCAGAGUUUAUUGUGGCUUUUAUUGCUGUUGUCUUUGAACGUAGCUACAUCUCAGACAUUCCUUUGUGCUAACUGAAAUAACUGUGAUUCUCCAAAAAAGACAACCAAUCUUCUUGUUGCACACACACACUGUAUAUUUGAUUGACCAAUGUUGAGCUUGCUGAGGUCUGUGCACUUUUAUAUUUUUCAUAAAUAAAACAUUUUAUGGUAAAUCUAUAA